AUGGCUUUCUACUUUGCUUUGAUGAAUAUUUCCAAUGCUAACUUUGAUAAGUCAACAAAACGUCGCUCAUCGUCCCUAUCACGUAAUCAUCGCCAGAUACAGCGAUCUGAUCGGCGACGUUGCACAAUCAUCUCUAAUCAUGCUGAUGCUUUCUUCAAAAAGGAGGAAUCAUUAUCUCAAAAUUACCGAAGCCGAUGUGAAUCUCAUGAAGUUCAAAAGAUCUCAAAACUAAGAAAUCAUAUUCAAGAGAAAAAAGUGACGUUCGAGAAAAGAGAAUCCGAGAAACCAACAAUCAAAAUAAAUAACUUUAUAGGGAGUCACGCUUUUUUAGAUGCGGAAUGCUUUGUAACGUCAUUUUAUAAUGCAGAUAUUGAGUACAAGCAGCACAGUGUUGUAAAGAAUUCGUUGUCGAUCCGAAAGAUACCUUCAUAUGGCGAUGUAAUAGAUGCUCAUUCUCAGUUAUUAAAAACGAAAAGAUCAAAUUCCAAGCAGGGAGAAAAAGUGAACGAGGGAUAUCCUCUCGGCCUAUCAGUUUAUUUUAACCGCGUUCAACACGUGAACGAUCGAGGCAUUGUAUCUAGUAUCGUACAGAAUGCUGCUAAUGAAUUAAUCGAACAGAAAUUAGUCUUGUCAGCACCUCCAAGAAGACGGAAUUUUUGGAAAUGUGCUACCCUCUCACGACGACGAAGUGCCAGCGACAAUCAUCCAAAGUAUAUGUCGUCUUACUUCAAUUCCGGAUUUCAUUUUGUGGAAAAUGAAUCCAAGGCAUUGGAGAGUAACUGUAAUGAAGCUGUUUCAACUGAUGAGAAUUAUAUCUUUUCAUCUUAUAUUUAUUCGAGAAGAUUACCGCUUACAGAUGAUUCUUGA